UGUGGAAAAUACUUAUUGAUAGUAUUCUUUGUUCAUUGUAAAAGGCCUGAAAGUAAACGACUUCUGGCUACAUGGCGGCUGGAAUGUGAGCUGGGUAUUAUAAAUGACCCUGAUUGUCCUAUUGAUGGUAGCUGGUCCGCUUGGACUCCUUGGUCAGCCUGUCAUGGAGCUUGUGACAAUGUAGGUCACAGAAAAAGAAUAAGAGAAUGUAAUAAUCCAUCACCAUCGAAAGAUGGUCUGCCGUGUAGCGGUUUUGAUGAACAAAUUGAAUCUUGUUACCCAGAAAAUUGUUCCGUACAAGAUUAUCGUUUAAUCGUAGAAGGCGAUAGAUCGCGAGUUGAAGCUUUACGUCAACUAGAAAUAAUACCCGCUUUUAUGGAGCGUUGCCUCCAAAUGGAAUGUCCGUACGAAGGCGUUGAAGCUACGCUGGCUACAGAAAAUACGUGGCAACUUAAUUCUGAAACUUUGUGGAAUGCCCUACAAUGUGUAAAACACGAUUUAGGAUGUUCUGUUAAUGGAGAAUGGGGAGCGUGGGAUUCAUGGUCUGUUUGUGGAGCACAAUGUGGAAAAGGCUUAAGAUGGAGACUUAGGCGAUGUGAUACACCUCCACCAUCAGCAUCACAUUUAGUUUGUAUAGGUACACCUUUGCAAAGUAUAGAAUGUGAAGGUGACCAAUGUGCCAUUGACGAGCAGUAUUUGGAGUUAAGCGUUAAUGGAAUCUGGAGUGAAUGGGGUGAAUGGACAAAAUGUUCCGAAAAAUGUGGAGCAGGCGUUCGCCGAAGAAAAAGAACAUGUAUUGAAAAAAAUAAAUCAAAUUCGUUGACUUGGACUACUCAUUGCCGCGGUCCAUGCGAAGAGUUAGAAAUUUGUAAUACUAAGAAAUGCUUACUUAAUGGCGGUUGGUCAGGCUGGGGCACUUGGGGGCCUUGUUCAAAGACAUGUGGGGCUGGAAAAAGAUCUAGAACCAGAUCAUGUACAAGACCAAUACCUUCAGGUGGUGGAAAAAAUUGCCUAGGACCAAAGGUUGAAGUUGGAUCUUGCCAUUUAAGUCCAUGUGAAGGGUAUAGCCAUACAGUUGCUAUUUUUAAUGGUGAUUCAAUUUUGCAAUAUGAUUUUCCUCAAAAAUUCUCAACAUUUUUUCAUGUCUAUAUACGUUUUAUGCCAUUAUCACCUCAUGGAACACUUUUACGAAGAGGUUCAAUUCAAAAUCCUAGUUUACGUGUCAGCUUACAUAAAUGGCAUGUAUGCUUAGAUGCAUGCGGGUCCUCAAAAAGUUGCAGCCUUCCACGCACUUGUUCACCUACAGCGCUUGAACCAUCAGUAUGGCAAACGAUAUUGAUAGCAGUUACUAAUGAAGCUGUAACAUUUAGAAUAAACGACGCCCAAAUUCCAAUCCAAAGCUCAUUUCCUUGUGACCCAGAAUUGACGAUUGAAAAAUUAAGUAUUUUUCUUGGUGAGAAAUUACACGGGGAGAUUCAAGAAUUAAUUAUUAACUUUAUGCCAGUAAAUUUACUAAAGGAACAUGAAAAUAAGGCUAAAACAGGAAAUUUAUACCCUUCUGUAGCAUCGAAUAUAGCUUACGAGAAUGCUAAUAUAGAAGAAGCCUACAUUAACCUUGAAAAUGAACAAUAUUUACGAUUAUCGUGUUUCGAAGUUCAAGACGAAUGGCAGUUAGAAUUAACUAUAAAGCCUAAAAGUGAAAGUGGCAUUAUACUUUUUAUUUCAAACUAUGACGGAAAUAGCUGGUUUUACAUGAAGCUACAAAGUAUGCGAUUAAUAAUAAAGUAUACAUCCAAUGAAUUUAAGUCAGAGUCAACGAGUUCUCUUGAAUGCUUACCUUAUCAAUGGCUUGAUAUAAGACUUAAUAAAAGAAAAGAAACAAGUGCAAUCGAAGUUUCAAUCAAUUCAAGUGAACGCCUUCAUGUUCUCCUUACAGAAUGUAAAUUAGACAAAGAACGGCGACUCAAAAAUGAAAACUCUAAUUUACCGCACCAUUUUUUGAAAAAUUCUUCAAAAAAUAAUAAUAGUCUAGACCAUUUUAAACCUGAUAGUAAUCGUACUAAUCACAAACUUUUAUGUGAUAAUGAGUAUUUUGUAGGUGGAUUACCUCUGCCACUUAGAAAUAAAAUACCCGAAGAUUUGGCACCUUUUUCUGGGGUCAUAGCAUCAUUAAAAAUAAAUGAUGAAUUAUUAGAUCUACAUAACGUUAAUAUGGAGAGAUAUAAAAAUGAAGCUAUACAACUUGCGUCACGAACCGCCAGUAUAUCUGGUGUUUAUCGUGAAGUUAUUUGGGAUCAGUCUAAUAAAAUAAAUUUAACAUGCGUUCAUGGUCGAGUUACGAGAUCACCUUACCCUGCUUACUGGCUCUACCUAGACACUCUAAUAGAGAAUAAAAACAUGUGUUCUAUAGACGAUGGUAGAAUUUUACGACUUCAAAUAACAACCAAAAACAGCCGCCCAGGAUUUUAUACUUGCCGUGCUAGUUACAAUGAGAGCACUCGCAAUUUUAUAACAUAUGCUAUUCUCGGAAGAAGUCGCUACAAAAUUUCAGGGCCCGAUACCUUAUCUGUGAUAGCAGUUUGCACAACUGUUUUGCUUGUAAUAUUUACUUUAGCCUGGCUUAUGAUAGAAGGAUAUCAUGAUGUUCGUAAUGGGUACGGGUUUUUUCGUGAUGAUCAGGAUUUAUCAGGAGAUCUAGUUAAAGAUGAUUGCAAUCAAAAUACGCACGCUGUUGACUUUCGGGGCAAUUUUAAACUAACUAGUGGCAAAGCUAGGCGUAGAAAGAGACGACUACACAUUAAAGCCAUGCUAGACACGCAUGAAAUUUUAAAUAUACGUCAGAAAACAGAUUCUUAUAAUCACAUGGAUAGCGAACCAGAGUUACCAGCCUUACCAGAGCUAAACAGAUCGAUUUUGCAACAACCGUAUAAAAUCUACAGAUGUGAACCCUUCUAUGCUAACUCACAUCUUCAAAAUUCCCAAAUUACUUCUCUUAGAACAAUAUUAUCCUCGCCAUCCUCAAAUACUUCACCCAGACUACUUUGUUCACGACUACUUAUGACUAAACCGAAAAUCACAAAAACAGAGAAUAAACAUAAAAAAACCUGCUACUCUGCCGAUAUAAAAAAUAUAACAAAUUCGUUAUUAAAAUCUUCUUCGCCAAUUAAUAACUCUCCUGUUCAGAUUGUGUUACAAAAAUUUAAAAAUUUAAAAAUUAGUGACUUAUAAAUCUCUAGAAAAAUGAAUACCGAAUGUUACAGAAAAAGUGAUUUAACGUUACAAUAAAAGACAUGUUAGAAGGUUAAAAUAUAUAGUUUAUUAAAAAUUUAUUAUAAUAAUUCAUAAAUUUGGAAAUAAUAUCUAUUAUUAUUCAACAAGUAAGCGAAUAAAAUACUCUAGUAUGAGUAUGUGAUUUUUGUUGUAUUGUGAGAUUAAUUAUACAUAUACAUAUAAGUA